GCUCCGCCCCCGCUCGAGACCCUGUGAUUUUUGUGUCAAUGCCACGAACAAGGGAAACCGCGCGCUGUCAUUCAUAAAGGAAACACCGGCUCGGUAAAUGGCGAAGACCUACGACUACCUUUUCAAACUCUUGCUAAUAGGAGACAGCGGAGUGGGGAAGACAUGUCUCCUGUUCAGAUUCAGCGAGGACGCGUUUAACACCACCUUCAUCUCCACAAUCGGAAUUGAUUUCAAAAUCAGAACUAUUGAGCUGAAUGGGAAGAAAAUCAAGCUGCAGAUAUGGGACACGGCAGGACAGGAAAGAUUUAGGACGAUCACCACGGCGUACUACAGAGGCGCUAUGGGCAUUAUGUUGGUAUAUGACAUCACCAGUGAAAAGUCGUUCGAGAACAUUAAAAACUGGAUACGCAACAUCGAGGAGCAUGCAUCAUCUGACGUAGAGAAGAUGAUACUCGGAAACAAAUGUGACAUGAACGACAGGAGACAGGUGUCCAAAGAGAGAGGAGAGAAACUGGCAAUUGAUUAUGGGAUCAAGUUUUUGGAAACAAGUGCAAAAACCAGCGUAAAUGUCGAAGAGGCCUUUUUCACCCUUGCUAGAGACAUUAUGGCUCGACUUAGCAGAAAAAUGAAUGAUGGCGGUCAAGCAGAUAGCGGAGGGCCUGUGAAGAUUUCAGAGAAACGCUCUAAAAAGCACAGCAUCUUCAAGUGUGCUCUGCUGUAACGCUUUUACGGCAAGUGUGUGCAGUACGUUCCCUCGCUGUGUGUCUGCGGCAGCCAGAAAUGCUCUGCUGGUACGACAUAUCACACAAGCCUCUGCAAAGAGCUGGACUAUCAGGCUCAAGAACAGAUGAAGGUUCGUCUUUCCAAGCCCUUAAAGUCAAGAGAGGAAUUAUGCAGCUUUGAGAGAUUUAGGCGGUAGAGUCACAAUGGGAAACAUUUCCUUUGUUGUGUGGUGAUAAUCGUGAUGAUUGUGUCAAAAAAAUUAAAUACGAAUGUUUUUUUGUUUUUUUUUAUGUUAUUGUAAAAUAUUCUAUAUAGACACAUCUUAAAACAUUUGCUGCUGAAGGCUUAGAUGUAUAAUUUACAGUAUUUCUGAAUUAGUCAGUUUGUCUUGUUGUGAUAUGUUCCUGGGUAUCUUUUAUACAGUAUGUACACUGUGUUCUUGCACUGGUUAAAAAAAAAAAGUUUAAUAGAGAAAACUUUGUAAAAGGCCAUUUUUGGGACGCCAGUGGGUAAAAGCACUUUAUGUGUGUUUUCAAAGAGCUCUCCUCACAGGCACGUCCAUGUAUAGCACAGACGGACAUCAAUCCAUCUGCAGGAAGGUUGCAAAGAUAGCACACGAUGACUGUAGAGCACGAUGGGCGAAGGAACAUCUUCAGGUCAGGUAUCAAAGGGAACACGUCUUACUUAGCAAAAUCACAGUAGGAAGUGUGUGUCUGACACAGCUAAACCUGAGAAAUUGUGCCUGUGUUGUACCGUAGAUCCUUAGCCUUAGGGCGGUAAAAUGUAGGGAUUAUAUUCGAAUUCAGUCUAGCACUGAUUUGUGAAAAUUGUGACAUUUUUUUAAAAUAUGAAAAUAAUCAUUAACUGUUCAAUUAGCAUUUCAUGUUUUAAUUUGAAAACGGGCUGCUUGGCCAUGUGAAAUCAAGUAUAGAGACAACGGUCUUUGUGUCAGUGUUACAGUAUGUUUUGUUAAACAGUAAAGCCACUAACGCAUGUUUAUGAAAAUUCAUUAACAAAGUUUUUUUUCUGUUCCAGCUUGAUAUUUCUAAUUUUAGCAAAUUUUUUGUUCAAUUGCAUCCAGUGCAUAAGGUUAUGUACUCAGUGUACAAGUAAUCUUUUUUUUUACUGUUUACAUAUUUUUCACCAUAGGCUCUUAAAAGAAACAUACAAUUGCCAAAAAGUGGUAUUAUGUGUUGUUGUUGUUUUUUGCUUGUAGUGUAAUUAUGUUUAGUUAUUUAGUCAAUGAAUGCAGGGUGAAAUCCAACUGGUUAAAUCAGCACUUUUGUUUUCAAACCUGUGAGACAUUUCAGUCUCCUGUUAAAACUGCACUAAUAGUUGUGUCUAAAGAAAUAGUACAGAUUACAGCAAUAAAACAUCUCCAUUUGGGAAUUCUCUCUUCCGACUACUUGUGCUGAUAUUGGGGACCUUGAUGCCUUGGAACUGGAUCCAUUACUUUGAGUUCAUUUAAUUUCCCUUUGACAAAUGUAGCAUUAUCAUGACCACUGAUAUUCAGAUGGGACCAUUGUUAUGCAUGUAUUUUUGUUUUUCGUAUUUGUGAUUGUAUGAUUGAAUUUUUAAGAGAUGAUGUGGUGUUAUUGGACUCUAUAAUGCGACCUGUUUCCUGAAAAUAUACAGUAUGCUUAUUUAAACUUGUUGAAACCUUAACAAAGACAAUGUGAACAAGAAUUUGAAGUGUGGUUUUAUUAACUGUAGACUUUUAUACUACAUAUAACCAAAGUAAAUACUGUAUAAACAUGUCUUGAGCUUA